GCGCUGGGCGGCCGAGUGGAGUGGAGCCAGCAGUCAGUUGGCUGCGUCUCCCGAGCAGCGGCGGAGCGCGGUGGCUGGAUGUGGCGGGGUCUCCUGCGGGUGGCGGCCAGAGCCAUGUCCGGGGGCGGCGCCUUCCGUCGCCAGCGUCCGCCGAAGGACUCGCUGCGGCACCUGCGCUCGCGAGAGAAGCGCCAGGGAGCCACGGGGCCCUUCCAGCCCUCGGGGCCCAGGACCGUCUUCUUGCAAGUGGCGGCGGCCGGGACGCGGGAUGCGGGAGCCGCGCUCUAUGUGUUCUCCGAGUAUAACCGGUUAGUGGUGUCCCGAGGCCUUGAGCCUCCCCUGAAUAAAGCGCCUCCUUCCCUUCGUCCCGGUUUUUAGUUCAUGGAAGAGGAGCGACGCUUCUCUUCGCCCAACGUGGUUGUUCUUUCCUGCCGAUCUCGGCCUUGUUAGUGCAGGCAGCACACCUGGCCCCUCUCCCCAUCGCCCUCUGCAUUAGGACUGGCAGUUGUGGCCAUGCCCAGUUGCAUAGCGGUGGAGCAGGCAAGACGGCCAGGGCACACGCAGCCCUCCGCCAGGAGCGCCCCUCCAGUCUGCCGCAUAUGAUGCGUGUCAGAGGUAGACGCACCCAGUUCACGAGGCUUGGCUGGAUACAAGGUGCAAUCAGGCCAUCUUGACGGCUGGCCCUUUCAUUAGCCUGAGUGCGGUGACAGCUCAUGCUGUGGGGGUGCAGUAGCGUCCCCUUUUUGUUUGCUCUGAGCUCCCCCUGCUACUAUGCAGCCUGUCCUGGGUCCUCUAAACCUGGGGUCAGCAACCUUUUUCAGCCGUGGGCCGGUCCACCGUCCCUCAGACCAUGUGGUGGGCCGGACUAUAUUGGGGAGGGGGGGAUGAACAAAUUCCUAUGGCCUACAAAUAACCCAGAGGUGCAUUUUAAAUGAAAGCACACAUUCUACUCAUGUAAAAACACGAUGAUUCCCGGACCAUCCGCAGGACGGAUUGUGAAGGCGAUUGGGCCGCAUCUGGCCCCUGGGCCUUAGGUUGCUUACCCUGCUCUAAACUGAUCUGCUGCCUCAUCACCAUGGUUAGAUUCAGCUGCCAAUCAGUUGGCUACUGUAUGUGAACUGGGGAGGGAGAGCUGUCUUGUACUUCACCGCUUGGGCCAGUCCUGGGUGUUUUAGAUUUGUUGUUGCUUUCAUAAAUCUGAAAAUUCAAUUCCUUAAACUAAAAUAUUACAUUCCAGGUAUCUUUUUAAUUGCGGGGAAGGAGUGCAGCGCCUUAUGCAAGAACACAAGUAAGUAUAAUAAUUGGAACUGAGGUUGGUUGCACAGGUGGCCAGAAUCCUAGCAGGCAAAUUAUUCUAAUUCUUGUCUUUGCAACAGGUUAAAAGUGGCUCGCUUAGACAAUAUCUUCAUCACCAGAAUGAACUGGGCAAAUGUUGGUGGCUUGUCAGGUGAGUUCAACUAGGCAAUAUAUACUGUGUUUUAAUUUGGCUUUUUUUGAGCUCUUCAGUAGAAGGAUAAUGCUGAUGUUAUAGAUGGUUAGGCUGCAAGUAGUUCUGAAAAGUAAAUUAGUAAUCUAGUGCUGUAGUAGAAGUAGGAAGACUUAUUUGGGUUUUAAAACAUUCAAGGGUCUUUUGCAGUUUCUUACUGAAAACUAGCUCUUGCUCUCUCUUCCAGGAAUGAUUCUUACCUUAAAAGAAACAGGGGUUCCAAAGUGUGUGCUUUCUGGGCCGCCACAGCUGGUGAGUGAUGCUGUUCCUACAGUGCUUGCCUGUGAGACCCUUCAUCCCUUAAUUACAGUAUUCUUGGAUAAACUGUUUGAACUAAUGCACCCCUGCGGUCACCUGGUUGCCAGGGGUGAUGGUGGGCUCAAACACAUCCCACCUGAGAGUUGUGCUUUGCGCCAGGGAACAACGAGGUUUGUAAGAGCCCUGAGCUUGUAUAAUAGUGCAAUCCUGUAUAUGUUGACUCAGAAGUAUGUCCCACUGUGUUCAGUGUGACUUUUUCCCAAAUAUAUCUGUAUAGGAUUGCAGCUUUAAGCUUUUGUGGUACUGUAUGUACUGUCAGGAGGGCAAACUUGAGAACUUAAAAAUUAUUCUUUACUUUCAGGAAAUAAUGGCUUCCUUCUUAACUUGAUCUAAGUUGAUUCUAGUCUGAAUUGUUGCCAUCUGCCCUUCUCCACUUGUAUAAGUUACAUUCCUUGAACUGCUAAAAGCUGUGUGUGCAGUGUGGGGUGCAUAUGGUUAAAUAGGAAACAUAAGAGUAAUCCAUGCUAUUGUCUUGCUAGAAAAAAACCUGUGCAAUGUUGUAAUUUUGACAUUCUCUCUCUCUCUCUCCCCCUCUCUUCCUCUCCCCUCCCUCCCCUUCACUCCCUUCUUACCCCCCCUCCUGUAUAUAUUCCAGCAAAACUACUUGGAGGCAAUCAAAGUAUUUUCUGGUCCAUUAAAAGGAAUAGACAUAGGUAGGUAUUGCAGGUUUGUGUGUGCACUUAAAAUACAUAAUUGCUGUGGUCUGAUUGGAUGGAAGACUUGUCUAGCUAGAGCAGAAGCCUGCUCUACAUCUUUGCUGUUGUCUUUGAUGCUGAAUUCCCCUGCAGCAACUUCUUUCAUGUUGUUGACCUCACCAUCUUUUUCAGAGGCAUCUAGCAAGGAGCCAGCUGAAGUCUGAGGAUAGGAUUUGUGUUCCAUAGAUUUUGAUUUGGGCAUAUUUUAUCCAACUUUGAAAUAAUCUUACUUAUGUUCUCUUAUUCGUAGAAAGAAUGUGCACUAACAGUAUCAUCACACUGAAUAGUAUUUUGUCUGUUUUGUUACUAGCUGUACGGCCCCAUUCUGAUCCGGAAUAUCAGGAUGAGACAAUGACAGUCUACCAGGUUCCCCUGAUAGGUGAGUACAGUGCCAUAAUUUUAACAGUAAAGAAGGAAUGAACAUGAGCUGAGAAUGGCCUUGGGGCUCUGGUUUGGGUUAUGUGGGAUUUUACUUUGCACUUUUCAUUUCAUUCUAUAACUUUCCUUUCCUGCUGCUUUAUGGCUUCCAUAACAUAUGGAGUGCUGUAUGAUUUAUUUCAUUCAUCUCCACACUUCCUUGCAAAGGAUAGACAUGACUGAGACAGAUCUACCCAGGCCACACAGAAUGCUGAGGAGGUUUCAGUGUAGCACUAAGGAGAUUGCUCUGACAGCACAAACAUUUCUUUUUGCCUAAUGCAGUUAUCUCCUCCACCCAUGUGCCGUUCUGGGGGUUCUCCCAGCACCCCCGAGCCAAUUCUUUUUUGAAGGGAGGAAGGUGGGGGAAGCCCCUUUGCACUAGCAGAAGUCCUUGUGCAGGCACUGCUAACAGGACCAGUUAGUUGAAUCUGCACCAUUAUGUCUUAACAGAGAGUAUUUACUCCCUAAUUGUAAAGACUGACCCACAAAAAUGUCCUCUAGCAGUUAAUUCUUUGCCUUCCUGUCCUGGAUUCUACCCUUGUCUUUUCCCUAUAAUAUCCCCAUUGAAGUGGUGUCUUGUCAAAUGGGUAGUUGUGGUGAGAAUCCAGAUACUUUGGGAGCAUCAAUGGGACUAUUUCUGGAUGGUAGCAGGGAGCUUUGGCUGAUGAUACUUUGCAGCAGCUAACAAGUUGAGUACCAAUUUUCCUCAUAAAGAUAUUCAAAGUGAUACAUGAAAACAGUUGAAUAUGUUAUUUCCAGUUUAAAUAGUGUCCCCGGGGUAGAAGGGUGUGUGUGUGUGUGUGUGUGUGUGCGCGCGUGCGCGUGUGCGCAUGUGCACUAAUUUAACCCCUCUCCCCAUUUUAUUUUCUGGAACAGGCAAAAAGCCAGAAGUUGAGCAAAGGUUACAUCCGAGGCCUGAGUCACCAGCUGGUGAGGCUGAACAAAAGUGCCUUGCAGGACGGGGAUCUCCCUCUGUGGAGCAGCAGUCUGUGCAGGGUGGCAGGAGUAAAGAGUCCCCUGAGAAAAUGGGUGAGGAAGCCUUGCUUUUCAUUGAUUCCAAGAAUGUGUCAGGACCCACCAGUUAGUUACAGAUGUAUUGAAGGACUUCCUGGAAAUUAGGAGCACUAAGUCCAGCACUAAGUUUAAGCUGCAUGGUAAAGGUAAAGGGACCCCUGACCAUUAGGUCCAGUCGUGACCGACUCUGGGGUUGUGGCGCUCAUCUCGCUUUAUUGGCCGAGGGAGCCGCCGUACAGCUUCUGGGUGAUGUAGCCAGUAUGACUAAGCUGCUUCUGGCGAACCAGAGCAGCACAUGGAAACGCCGUUUACCUUCCCGCCGGAGCAGUACCUAUUUAUCUACUUGCACUUUGAUGUGCUUUCAAACUGCUAGGUUGGCAGGAGCUGGGACCGAGCAACGGGAGCUCACCCCGUCGCGGGGAUUCGAACCACUUACCUUCUGAUCGGCAAGUCCUAGGCUGUGUGGUUUAACCCACAGCGCCACCCACAUCCCAAGCUGCAUGGUAGCAAAGGGUAAAGCAAAAUAUUGUUUCUGGUAUAACUAAUAUUAAAUUAGGUUAAGGUGUUUGUCUCUGGAGUUUAAUUAUUUAUUUGAUUUUAUUAUUCCUGUUUUGAGCCGGAAGGAUCCUUGGGGAGCUUUACAUCAAAUAGUACACUGCAACAACCUUUUUCUUUCUGAAGUCCUCCAGAUGUUUUGGGCUACAAGUCCUAUUAUCCCUGACUAUUGGCCGUGCUGGCUGGGAUGAUGGUUGCUGUAGUCCAUAACCUGGCACCAGAUUGGAGCAGAGUGGACAACAUUGAUGUUGUGUCUGCCCCCUCCAACAGAAAUGGGAAAGCCUAGGGCAGCAACUGAGCCUUGGGUUCUCCAAGGGCAGGUAGAUAGCUGGGCUUUUCAGUAUUGGGGACCAUGUCAGCUGAAUAUCAUGGGGUCAUAGGAACAUAGAACGCUGUCUAGUACUGAGUCAGACCAAUGGUCCAUCUGCCUUGCUACUAUCUACACUUGACUGGCAGCAGCUUUCCAGGUUUUUAGAAAGGGAGUCUCCCCCAGUUCUAUUUGGAGAUGCAGGGGACCUUCUGAACGUGGGACCUUCUGCAAGCAAAGCAGUUGCUCUACCACUGAGCUAUGGCCCAUGGUCAAGGCAUGCUAGCUUGGUAAUUUUGGCAGAGAAUUUGCGUGCAUUAUUUUAAAGUUGUGCAAACUACUUGAAUCUUAAACACAGGGUUUCUGUUUUUGCAUUUAAGAUGGUAGCUGGCGUAUCGGUCAGAGGGACCCAUCACUUGUCGUUGCAUUCAUUUGUAAGGUAAGAGUUGCCCUGAAUAAUAAGGCGCCUCAAUGGCUAUUUUACAUCUGGCUUCUAUGUACAGCAAGGGUAGCUAACCUUUUGUGGUACUGAUGUUUGGCCUUUGAGGGCCACAUGCCAGCAGUGUGGUCAAAGUAUCUUAAGCACACACACUCAGACGCAAACACUGGUUGCACAUAGAACACACAUACAGCCCACACUUGCAUGUACAGAACACUCUCGCCACUAAUGCCUUCAGUCUCUUGUGCACAUAUGUGCAAGCACACACACUGUCUUUACUCCCCAUGCCAGCGCAGGUAGAAAGAGAGUAAUCUCUCCUCUGAGUUCGGUGUUAGAUUGGGAUAGAAAGCCCUCUGUUUACCCCGCAAAGGUGCCUUUUCUUCCCCUGGCAGUGUGCCAUCACAAGAAGCACUUAUUCCCGCUUCUUGAACAUUAGGACCUUAUUUCAAAUGGGGGAAGAUUUAAGGGAGGGAGCACCAUAAGUGGCAUUGCAGGUUCAUCACCUUUGUACAGAAUGAUGCUUCCCAGGAACUUGGGACUUCCUGGAUAAAGACUUCAUGUCACAGCUUUAACAGCUCAAAAGUGGAGAAUGGUUGAGGCUGAAUACUAGCCUGGUGCUUUGCUAUUAGGAGGGGGCCUAUCUGAGUAAGUGGUCAUUUGCUUUUUCACUUUUCCUGCUUAUGGGAAAUUGAGGAAUGUUUGAGAUUGCAGGCUUAAGCACAGUUCUUAAUAGAUAUUCUUACGAUUGUAUUGUAUCAGGAUUUAUUAUAUGUGUGCGAGAGACACCCCCCCCCUCCAGUUUCUGCCUGGGGGCAUGUCAGACAAGUCUCUUUUUCUCAUUCCCUUGUAUUUUAAUAUCAGUUUGUAGGUAGAUGUCUUGAAAGGAUUUUUCUGAUGUAACAACUUGUGACCAAAUGUGCUUUGUUUAACUUCAGCUCCAUCCAAAGAAAGGGAACUUCUUGGUGAUGAAAGCAAAGGAGCUUGGCUUACCUGUGUAAGUACAGAAGGGUUUCUAGUGAGUUUCCCCCUGCAUAUUAAUCCCUCUGAUUAAGUUGACUAACUUUUUAUAAUUUAUUUUUAGGGGCACUGCAGCAAUUGCUCCCAUCAUAGCAGCCGUGAAAGAUGGAGAGAACAUCACAUUUGAAGGCAGAGAGGUAUGGCUCUGAGGACAAAUUCUUUCACCCACGUGGUCUGACCCUGCUUCUUGUUGUGAGUCACUGCCUUUUGGAUGUAACUGAACAGGGUUUGUACUUGUUGUUUGGCUGAAGGGAGCACAGCCUAAAACAUUCUGUCUUUUAUCACUGGGGAUCUCUGAUUAGCAAAUGAAGCUACACUGGUUAUGGGUGUAUUGAUUUGUUCUUAUAACUUCAGAAAAGGCAUGAAAUGGCUUCACAAAUUAGAGGUGGAGGGAAGCACUGGAUCUUUUCACCAUGGUGGAUCCAGGUGACUGACUUUCUGAGGCCAAGACUUCCUGUGAAGUAUUUGCAUAGAUGACAAGAAUUGCUUCAUAGCUUUCAAAAUGUUAGCUUGGGACACCAAAUACAUAGUCCUUGAAUUUUGAGUUGUUCGUAUGUGUUAAACAGUGUAUACUGAGAUGUAUGAUUGUUCCAGAUCUUGGCUGAAGAAAUUUGCACACCUACAGACCCAGGAGCAGUUUUCAUAAUAGUGGAGUGUCCUCAUGAAGGUUUUAUAGAUGCAGUCUGUGAAAAUGACACACUGCGAAGGUAUGUUUAAGAAUGUGCAUGUCUACCUUCAUAUUCAGUAUGUGGGGCGGGGGGGCGGGGGCGCCUUCCUGUGCAGUUGGCAUUUCCUUCCAGCAACGUAUUGGAGCUGAUGUGUGACUUGCAAGAGAUCUAGCAAGAAGUAACUUUUGUGUGUAGGAUGGAAAGAUGCAUUUUGCACAUGAACAAAAUAGUGGACAACUGGCUAGAAACCAAUGCUCUGUGGGAACUGGCAAUAUGGAACUGCUAGGAGAUCACUAGUGCUGUUCUAGAUAGUCAGUGGUCCUGCCCAGAUGGACUUGUAAGAGUGAAGGAGCCUAGGCACACUGUUCUGAGGUGUCUGAAGUAUAUUUCCGUGUGAGCAUCGCUCUUCUGCUCUGACACUGUGGCUACCGAUAAUAGCUCUUCAACUAAGGGCUUACUGCACUUCGCAUAGAUGCCUGCGGCUUCCAUGGAUCCUUCUGUGUUUGGCCAUCUUGGAAGUGGUAUGAAAGUAUUCUACUGUCUGACCAGAAGUUGUUGAUCCACUUUGAAUAAGCUUUUCAAAGGCUUCCACUGGGCUUGUGUCAAGUAUUCACUUUGCUCUCCAUGUUGCUGAUCCUAGAGGAAAUGUUGCAGAAAUGUUGCAGCUGAUGCUUUCUAUUGGUGCCUCUUUAAUUACUUGAAUUCCCAGUUUUGUGUGUGCACGCUUUAAAGUUAUUCUGCCUUCUGGGCUGCUACCCAGCCAUCUGGCCCACCGAUGUGUUUGGAGAUGAUUGCGUGCAGUCAUGUGCAUACAGUUGUCUGUAGAGUGGGAUGGUAAUCUCAUAUUGGCAUUAGAUCUCUCUGCUUGCGUUCUGAAGUCAUAUACGGGAAAACAGAAGAGCAAAACAGUAACUCCCAUCUUCCCAAAUCACACUGGCGUGAUAUGGCGCUAACAAUGCAGCCAUUCCCAGAAACCCUGUCAUAAGGGCCUACUGCCAGCGGUAUUUACCUGUUGAUUCACCUGCUUGGCCACUGUGAGAGCAGGAUUCUGAACUAGAGGAUCCUUUUACCUGAUCCAGCAGGUAUGCUCCUUAUAAGAAGUUAUCAUCUACCUUGGGAGCCCAUCCCUCCCUCCCAGGAGCUUCACCUCCACCCCCUGCUCUGUGCGCUCCAUGUGAGUUGGUUGAUCUGUCCCCACAUGCUAGAACCACUGCUUUUAACUGUUUGUUUUGUUUGCAGGUAUCAAGAAGGAAAACAGGAGACCCCUGUGGCUUUAGUCGUUCAUAUAACUCCAGAACGUAUUCUGAAGGACAGCCGGUAUAAGCAGUGGCUAGAAAGGUGUGUGUGUUGACUGGAAUUAUAUACUGUCUGUAGCCCUGUUCAGAUGUUCCCACGGGUACUGAACAUAUGGGGCAGCCCCACUUCCUAGAUGCUGGUGCACAUGCCAGCUGCAUUCCUCUCAGCUGGCACAUAACUGGGCUUAAACUGUGGAAGAUAAGUUGCCUUCUAAGUCCAAGGGACCACUUAGCUCGUGGUUUUAAAGUCACUACAGUCUAUCAGUUUUCAAGGUUCCCUGCUUAAAUCUACUCCUCUGGCAAAUCUUAUCUGGAUAAAAUUUCUGUGAAUUAGCUGCAACUCCUGUCUGCAAGCAAAGCCUGUCAUAUUCUUAGGCACUCCUUUCCCCAGUUUGCUUUUUUUCUCGCUGAUGUGAUUUGUGCUGUUCUUUUGUGUGUAUUCAGUAACACAACUUGUAGGGAAAUAAAAUUUAAAAAUUAUCUGGGAGGCAAGAUAAACAAACCCUGUCCUUGUAGCCUGAGAGACAGGCCAAGUAUCCUAGCAGGGCUAAACAUAGGGAAACUUGUGUUCAGACUGGGAACACAGUAAGGAGCAAGACCUGACAAGGUGAAUACAUUGUAGGUAAUGUGAACUGUGUUAGUGUGCAGAACAUUGAGGGACUCUACCAAGAAGGCACAAUUCUAGUCAAAACGGCCCUCCUCAUUUACAAAUUCUAAUAGUAACCUCAAGUUUAAACCUGCUAGAGCCAUGUGUUUGUUUUUUUCUUAUCCCACCAGAUUUGGAGCCAGUACUCAGCACCUGAUACUCAACGAGAAUUGCCGUUCGGUGCACCAACUCCGCAGCCACAAGAUUCAGACCCAGCUCAACCUCAUCCACCCAGAGAUCUUCCCAUUGCUUACCUGCUACAAUAGCAAGGUGAAGUUUCUGCUUGAUUUCAGAGUGUGAAAGCAAGGGGUGUGCCUUUCUUUUGCACAACUGUUUUGGUAGCUCAGUUUUUUAUAUUUUCCCGUCCGCCCAGCAGGAAGAAGAGGCCACGUUCGAUGUACCUGUCACACGCGGAGAGUGCCUCCUCAAGUACCAGCUGAGGCCCAAACCAGAAUGGCAGAGGUUGGUGAGCACUUACAACUUGUCCUUGGAUAGGGAUAUAAGGCCCUCAAAAUUACUUUCAGAUACAGUGGUACCUCAGUUUACGAACUUAAUCCUUUCCUGAAGUCUGUUCUUAAACGAAAUCUGUUCUUAAACUGAGGCAUGCUUUCCCUAAUGAGGCCUUCCACCGCUGGUGCCCUUCCACCGUUUGGCUUCUGUUCGUAGACUGAGGUAAAGUUUGCAAACCGGAAAACUACUUCUGGUUUUGUGGAGUUUGUAAACCGAAUAGUUCGUAAACAGAACUAUUCGUAAACCGAGGUACCACUGUAAUUAUUUUAUGUACACUGCUGAGGAGUUGUUUUUUAAAAUAAUCCUGUGGUUUAUCUCUCCCCCCCCCCCCAAUAUUUAAAUACUAAAAUAACAACCCUGCCUUUCUUCGUUACUGUAGAAGUAGAUACUAUGAGAGGCAUGGAGCUACUGCCUUUCCAUUUCUUUUUCUGCCCUAUUCCAAAUAAGGUCUAGUUAAUUUUAAUAUUAAAGUCAAUAAAAAAAAAGUUUUGACACAGUGCAUGACAUAACACUAUUGUGCAGGAAGUUACCCUGUCCUUCCCAAACAUUGACUUCUAGGGGUGGAAUGGUGUGUUGGUCUAAUACUCUACUGUCACAUAUUAAACCAGAGCAGGAGUAGCCAAUGUGGUGCCAGAUGGUGUGGACUCCAAUUCCCAUCAGCGCCAGCCAGCAUGACCAACAGAAGCUGAUGGGAGUUGUAGUACACAAUCCAUGGGUUUCCCCCUGGUGUGAGAGACAAGUGGCAGCUCCCUGUUGUCUAAUGUCUAUUUCUGCCCCCAAUGCUACUUGUUAACUCAGACAGUGGUUUCAGUAGCAAUGGGGAAUAAAGCUUUGUGAAGUAGGCUGGUUGAGACGAGGGAUACAUGGAGCAUUGAAGGGUGGGCAGAUUGCAAAGGGUUUGGUUUAAGCUGAUGCUCGUCUGGUGAGUGGACUUCCAAGGGAUUUGGUCCAGAGCACCUGGGGUUUGCAGGUGGAAGAUAAAAAUGCUUUCUUGGAGCUGGUAAAUUUUACUGAACGGAAAGAGCAAUCGGGAUGCUUGGGAGAAGUAAUUAGGUACUUUGAUUGGGAAAUUAAUGGCUGUUAUUUUUCUCUUUCCCCCCUCCCCUGCUCCACUUUUGACUUUCUGUUUUUUCAGGGAGGCUGUUCUUGCUUGUAAUCCUGCUGAGUUUGUAGCUGAAGCCUUGGAACUCCCUCACUUCCAGGAUUGUGUGCAGAAGUGCAAAGAGAGCUUACCAGCCUCAUCAGGUGCAUAGGUUGCCUGUGUUUGGAAAGGGCUAAUGAGAUAGCUCGGGGGAGGGUGAUACAACCUUCUUUUUCCUGAUGUGUUUUGGAGGCUAAAGGCAGCAACAAAUAAGAACUAUUGAAAGACAAUGUCUGAAAAGUUGGCCGUUGUCUUUGAAGGGAUGUUAGACAUAAUAUUCCUACUUCCUUCAUUUUCUUUAAUGUUUACACGCCCUGAGAAAAUCUGCAAUAAGGAAUGUUUUCUUCCUGCCUCCUGCCGGGCCCCCUUUCUAUGUUUUUCUUCCUGAUCCUGUCUGUUGAGGUGUGCUUGUAAAGGUCCACUGCUUAGUUAGCAGCAAAUGACCACAUCCAACAGUCAGGGGACUGCUAGAUUGUGGGUCUGAGUGGGAUUUCAUUUUGUCUAAUUACAGCCUGUCGUAAGCCAUUUUGAGAAGCAUUUGAAUGAAAAGGCGGAGGAUAAAACUUCAGAAUUAAUAAUUGAGCAAGGUUGGGGGAUACAGUGCUUGGUUUUACUGCAAAAGGCAUUUGCCAGCAAACAGUGUAAUUUUGCUUAAGGUGUAGUGUGUGGUGUGCUGGGCUGCAGCUAGUGGGGUGCAGAGUGGACGCCUCCACUUCUCACUAUUUGCUAUCCAGCAUAUCAGUUGCCAUUAUGUUUUUAGGGCUGUGUUUUCCAGUUGAAAGAGAAAGCUUAAUGGGAAAGUUUAAAAACAUAUUAAAAAUCACACCGUUUAUUCGCUAGAAAGUUAUUUCACUUGACCUGAAAACUGCCAGAAUCCAGUCCUUCUAACACUGCUGGGGUUUAACUUCUUGUUCCUUCCGGAGGGCUGUGCUUUGUUUUCCAGGUGAAGUAGAGGUAGAAACCCAGCCAGAGGGGUGGGCUAUAAAUAAUAAAAUUAUUGUAUGCCAUCGCAGUACAGGAGUCUGCAGGAUUCAAGUUCUUUUCUAUCUGUUUCUAGGAACCACUGGCUCCUACCCAGAAGUUGUUUUCUUAGGAACAGGCUCUGCGGUCCCAAUGAAAAUCCGAAACGUUAGCUCUACACUGAUAAACCUUAGGUAGGUACAAACACAUGAGUUGUCCUGUGGGGGCAGGUUCUCUUAUAAGGAAUCAUUGACAAAUAACAUCCAGUGCCAAGUGGUGAGGGCUUAAAAAAAGCAGCUUUUUAACCUUGUUCCCAGCUAUUGUAGUCAUCAAGCAGUAUCCAGCAAUUACACCUAUAGGCUUACCACCACAUUCCUUCUCUGAAGUUAACCUCAGACUUUUCACUCAAGUGAUGAUGCUUUUUGCAGAUGGCUCCUUAGUAUGUGACGAGCAAUUGCUUAUUCUAAGUCUCCUCUUUUAUCUUCCUGCUGUAGCACAUGCUGCUUGUUGCAUUUUGAGCAAGCUGCAUGUAUGAAACUUAAUUAAUAUAAUAAAAUUAACUUAAUUAUUAUAAGUGUUUUUUUAAAUAUAAUAUAAUUAUUUUAAUAUAGUAAAAUUUAGAACCCUGCCUUUCUGUGUCAAAUCGGAAUGCUCAAGCAGCUUCCAUCACAAACCUAAAAAAAGGAGAAGCUGUUAAAACGGAACAAAGACAGACACAUGAGAUAGGCAUAAAGCCAGGCCUGGCCAAGCCAAAGGCCUGCUGAAACAAAGUCUUGAGUUGACGAUGGAAAAGCCAUGAGGAAGGAGUGGGCCAGAUGGAUGUCCCAAGGGCAGCCUAGGCACAGCACAACCAUGGAGAAAGCCCUUUUGUGCUUUCCUACUAAUCGGAUGGUGCCAGAACAUGCAGCAACAUCUCCACACUUGAUACCUUAGCUCAGUGGUUCCCAUGUGGUCCAUGUAACCCACCCAGGGGGUCUGUGGCACUGUUCACAUAAGAAGAACUACCAUAGAGAUAUCAAAAUUUUCAGAAGUAGGGGAUCCAUGACUUGGCUUCUGAAAAGCAGGGGGCAUGCAGUACUUAGUUAAUUGGGAACCACUGUAUUUGCCCUUUUCCUUGAAGUUGUAUCGUGGGAUGCUGUAUCCUGUCAGCAUCAAAAGCUUUUGACAGCCUUUGUUUCCUUGGAUGCUGGACAGAUAUCUCAAUAUCCUGAUGCUAGUAGAUGUGGUACAAACCUGCACUCACUCUCUUGCUAGCCCUACCCAGUCUCUGCUUCUGGAUUGUGGUGAAGGAACAUUUGGCCAGCUUUGCCGUCAUUAUGGAGAUGAAAUUGACCGAAUCCUGUGUAACAUUGCAGCUGUGUUUGUGUCUCAUAUACAUGCUGACCAUCAUACAGUGAGUAUUGUAUAGGGAUGGGCACUAUAGCAUUAUUUCCCCCCACUAUAUUUUAAUGUCCUCAGGGGAAGUGUGUAGUUUUUACCCUAUGUCCUCCUCUGCACCUUAAUUUUUUCUAUCAACCUUUAAAAAGGUGGCUUGGUGUAGCUAAUUCACAAGCCAUUAUGAAGUUACGAUGAUACUGUGUGGCUGCGCAGCUAACCCAGUUUGUUGACAUCUUUGAAAUGCUACAGGGACCUUUUUCUUUCCAUAAAAUAAAUGUUUGAAAGCAAAUCCUUGUCUUGAGGUGUAGUAAGUUAGAACAAUUUGCAGUGGUAAGUGCACUUCAAUUAUUAUUGUUAUUUUUUAUAUUUAUAUUUAUAUUUAUUUUAAAAAAACCUUAGCUGACAUUUAAAAUUGGGCAAAGCUACUUUAUCUUUCCUGUGCGCAGCCUCCACAUAUUUGGAAGUACAUUACAUGGCAACAUUCCUUUUAUUUUUCAAGCAGUAGUCCCCCCCCCCCCCCUUUAAAGCAAAUACAGUCAUACCUUGGGCUGAAUACGUUUCGGGUUAGGCAUUUUUGGGUUGUGCUCCAUGGCGACCCGGAAGUAACGGAGCGUGUUGCUUCCGGAGUUUUCUGCACGUGCAUGUGCAUACCGUCAAAAUGACAUCACGUGCAUGUGCAGAAAUGUGGCAUGUGCAGACGCGCAGACACGGUUACAUUUGCUUCGGGAUACGAACAGGGCUCCGGAACGGAUCCCGUUCGCAUCCCGAGGUACCACUGUAGAUUGGUGUAGUACAGUCGUACCUCUAGAUGCGUUAGGUUCAAGUUGGACUUCCGGGGUGGCGCCAUCGGCAAUGGCGGACUCCCUCUGAACUGGAGGGACUAGCUCCGCGCGAAAUGGGUCUUUUCCGCUACGGCGAAGCGGGGACCCUUUUAAAAAUCACAGGCAGAUGAAGCCUGUGACCAUGGGACUCGGGCACCCUUAGCGCCCCCCCAACCCGCAAAGGAACCCACUAACGGGCUCCGAAGCGAAGAGGGGGAAGCGGCGUGGUGCUGUGAGUCAACUGCUAUUUCCGUGGAGCGAAGUCGCAUAGCCGUUGCCGGAGAGCGCUGCCUUUUUCCUGGGACAAUUUGGCUUCUAAAAUAAGCACCCGUGAGUACUUAAACUUUGAACAAAUUGGACUUUAAAUAAGGAUUUGCGAGCAGAAGGGAAUUGGAUUUAAAAAUUUAAUUUGGUACUGAAACGGGAAGGUCUAAACAGGAAGUCAGCCUUCCGUUUCUUUGUAGACAGAACAAAGCAAAGACAACAUAAACUAGAGCUCAGAAAAUCGCUUCUAAAGGAUCGGCUUUCAUCAUUUAAAAUCCUCGAACCCCCCUUCGGCAGCAGGAGAAGAAGGGGGAUCUUUUUCGGACUGUUUAAACCUGCAGAAGUGAGUUUAAAGUAAAGUAACUUUCCACCGUCCUGAUCCUGGAGCGGGGUGUCAGAACUGACGUUUGAAGCUCAUUGACCAGAGACAAACGUUUUUGACAGAUAGCUAAAAGAAGAGAAACAUAGUGAUUCCACUGUUUCCUUUCGCAUUUUAAAGGAACAAAUAUUGACAAAAUAUCUUAAAAAAGAAACUUUGUUGCAAGAACAACUAGAAGUUUUCCCCCUAGAGGGAGACUGGGAAACUGUAACUAAUUCCAGGGAGCUUGCAGCUGUCACAGAUUACAAUCGUGGGAAAAGGCUUGUGACCUUGUAGGACAAUGAAUUCAGAAGCUCUGUUGUGUGCUCUCUGUAAAAUAAAUGCUCUACUGGAACAGUUAACUGUGAAGACGGAUUUGAUGACUAAUGCGGUCAGAAUUUUUGAACAGGCAGUGGGAAACUAUACGGAGCCCACCCAGGAAUUAAAUCAGGAGUGUGCCCUGACAGAACAGAUGAGAGAAGAGGAUGUUGCGCAGUCUUGGGCGUCAGAGAUGGAGGGAGCUACGGCCCAGCAGGAACAUGAGCUUUUGGAUUUGACAAAUGAACUUGGAAAAAGCCAGAUUAGGAAAGAUAAAGUUUGGACUGAUUUGGAAAUGGGGGGUUGGAUAGACCCCCCUAUGCAGGGAUGUUUGGACUUUCCGAGUCUGGCAAUGGGCUGCGAGAUGUUUGGAGCUGUGGGGGCCCUCAAUUUUGGAGGGAUUCUGAAACAUGACUUUAAAUACUACAUGGAGUUUAGUCUGGUCUAUGGAAAAGGGGCUGAUUUGUUGAAAAGGGUCAAAAACAUUACCAAGCUGGAGUUCCCACGAGUGAAAGGUGAAUAUGAAGAAGAGCUGCGGAAGGGACAUGGAAAGGACUUAAGGGCCUCGGAUAUAAGGUUACCAGGUUAAUGCGCUAGAUCGAUGGGAUAAAAAGGACUGACAAAACCCGGGACCAGGAGGAAGGGACGCUGGAUGAAGAUUGGAUUGUUUCUAUUUCUUUUUUUAUCACUAGGAUUGUUUUAUAAAAUUGAUGACUGUUAGAAAAAUGUUGGAACGAAAUUACUUGGCUCUAGCAAAAAUGUUUAAAGAAUUAGGCAAGAAUUUUAUGGUUAUGAGAAGUGGGUAAAAAUAAGAUUUAAGUUUUAAGGUUUUUUAUAAGAUAAGAUGAAAAUAGAUUAAGGUAAUGUAAUGACAGAAUAUUAUGAAAUAUGGAAAGGAUUUGCUGCGAUAAUUAAAAACUGGGAUACAAAAAAUGGGAGGAGGAGGAGGUCAAAGAAAGAAGGUAAUGAAAGUUGAAGAUUUGAGAAUGUUGGUUUUAUUUUUAUAUGUUUGUGGUGUAUUUUUGUUUUUUGAAUUUGUAUUGUUGGAUGUGGUUUGUUUCCUUUUUCUCUUUUUUGUUUCUUUCUUUUUUCUUUCUCUGCUUUGUCUUUUUCUGUAAUUUUAAAUUUUUUAAAUAAAUAUCAUUUAAAAAAAAAAGUUGCAGAUUUUCGGGUUGUGAAUGCGGCAAACCCGGAAGUGUAUACUUCUGGGUUUCGCCGCACGUGCAGAAGCGCUCUUCGCGCAUGCACAGGAGCGCUCUAUUGCAUCACGCACAGAAGCGGCGCUCUACUUACGGACUUUUCGGGGUGCAAACAGCACCCCGGAACGGAUUGCGUCUGUAAGUAGAGGUACCACUGUACUUCAUUUCAGUUUUUGUUUAGGGUUGCUUAUGGACAAGUGUACAGCCAGAUGUCUUAUUUACAAUGUGCCUCUCUCCUAGGGCUUGUUGAAUAUAUUGUUGCAGAGACAUCGGGCCUUUGUAAGUAUGUCAGCCUUAAAGCUAGAGCUCAACUUUGUGAGGGUGUCUUGGCAGUGACUGGUGGCAGCACUGACACAUAACAGAGUCAGUCCUUGCCUUGCAUCUGAUCUGAUGCAUGCUUCCCAUUUACUUAGCCUUGCAACAUCUCCGACCUUUGCUUCUCUCUUACCUCAGAUGACCCUGGGUCAGCCCUCCAGCCCGCUGUUGCUGAUUGCACCCACAUUGAUCAUGACAUGGCUGCACCAGUACCAUGACCAUUGCCAAGAAAUCUUGAGGCACAUCAAGUGAGUAGAUACACCAGGUGUCUUGCUUUGCUAUGGAACACUGCAGGGGCCCCAGAUGCACUGCAUCUACUCUCAGAUGCAGCUGCUGCCAUGCUUUACCCCAAUGCGUGGUGUGCAGCUGCAGAAAUGUGUUUUUUGUUUUGCUUUUUUUUUUGCUGUCCUCUGCUAUGUCUCACUGUCCUGCCUCUGAAGGAGUCUGUUUUUAAGCUUUCUUAAAGUGGGAAAUGUUUUUAGAUAGCGGUCAAGUUUGGGUUGAAGUAUCUAAUUUCAUCCAAACCUUCAAGACUGUCAUAGUUGCUAGUUUAAUAGCAAACGCUCGUGUCCAUUUUGAAGGAUCUAUUGCUGGUCCAGAUUGUCUAGCAAUUCAUGCUCACUUGUAGGCUAAGAUGUAUUUACUUCAAUCCAUAUUAAUGCAUGCUUCCCAUCUUUUCUUACCCAUGAGGGUGAAAAGGAUGAACUCCUUGCAGGCUUAUUGAGACGGGAUUUCCUUGGUGUUUCUGCCCCACUAGCAAGCGGCCUUAAAGCUUGGAUUUUUUUUUUGAGUCUGAUCACUUGCUCUGUUUCUCUCUUGUAUUGGCCAAUAAGAACCAUGUAUUACAUAUUCCAGAGAUCACAGAGUUUGCAAUGCAUCACAGAGUGAUUUUUGUCCGUAGCACAGGAGUGGGGAAGGCCACAAGGCCAUUUCCCCAAAGUAAUGCCUAUCCGUCAAUCAGAUAAUUGUUCACACUGUUGAUCCCCGAAGAAAGCCAGAACCCCCCUGUCCCUGACCAUCAUCUGAUUCCAGUCAUCACCACCUUCACAAAAUCUGGGAGCAAGUGGCAGAUAGGGGAUUAUGAAGGCAGAUAGGGGAGUGUACUAUUUCAAGAGGUUAAUUGCUGCCCCUUGACUGCACUAGGUGGUACUGCUGUUCUUAUUCUUUUGGUAAUUGUGGGGUGGUGGGAAAAAUCUUGGCAUAAUCAUAUUGCGUCUUUCACCCCCCUUGCAGCUUGAUUCCUGCACGUUUCUUAAUAGAAGAUUGUGAUGUAUUUAAACCUAAAGCAAAGGCUUUCAUUAGCUUGCUUAUGGAGAAAUACGACUUUGCAAAGGUAAGGCAAGUUCGAGGUGGGAUGGGGGGUAGAAAGGAAGCUCCUGUGGGAGUGUAGAGACCGCAAGAGUUAAAUGGUUUAGCUAAAUUGUCUUUGCUUAGAAACAGCCGGCUUGAAAGAAACAAGGCCACAAUUUAUGUGAUUGAAUAGGGACUAAAGAUAAGACAGCCUGGGGAAUGCAACAAAUAAUGCUGUAGAAGCUUCAAAGAGAAUUUCAGAUGAAGCACUACUGGGUAGCUGAUGCUGUAAAAUUAGGGUAGCAACAAAGUGGACAAAUUGCACAUGUCAGAAGGUGUCAGCUGCUAAUUGGUUAGUGUUGCUAAAUGAUGCUUUACAACUGUGUUAAACUAACAUAAUGAAGGGGUGGGUUUGAUGAUUUUUACAUCGUAUCUAUGCUUGUAUUGCAUUUGAAUCCUUGUAGUGACUUCCGCAUUGGGGCUGCUACUUUGUAAAAGUAAAGGUACCCCUGCCCGUACGGGCCAGUCGUGUCCGACUCUAGGGUUGCGUGCUCAUCUCGCUCUAGAGGCCGUGAGCCGGCGCCAUCCGAAGACACUUCCGGGUCAUGUGGCCAGCGUGACGAAGCUGCAGCUGGCGAGCCAGCACCAGCGCAGCACACAGAAACGCUGUUUACCUUCCCGCUAUAAAGCGGUCCCUAUUUAUCUACUUGCACUUAAGAGUGCUUUCGAACUGCUAGGUGGGCAGGAGCUGGGACCGAACGACGGGAGCUCACCCCACCGCGGGGAUUCGAACCGCCGACCAUACGAUCGGCAAGUCCUAGGCACUGAGGUUUUACCCACAGCGCCACCCGCGUCCCAUAUGUACUUUGUACAUACAAGUAAAUGUGAUUGAUUACUUUAUCUUGUCUUAUUGACCUCCAGUGAGGGAACCAAGCUUUUUCCCCUACAGGAGAAUCUCAGUGACCAGCAUGUUGUGCUUUUCAGUUUCAGACAUGUGAGGUCCGGCACUGUAAGAAUGCCUUUGCUUGUUCCAUGGUUCAUAAAUCUGGGUGGAAAAUAGUAUAUUCUGGUGACACUAUGCCAUGUGAUGCUUUAGUCGAAAUGGGUAAGUGUUUUUUGGGUUUUUUGUCAAUGGUCCUAGAUUAUCUGAUAAUUGUUGGGAAUGCUGUGUGGAAAGCCAAAUGUCUCUUUGUUUAAUUGUUUUCCUUCUCCCCCUUCCCCCUAAAAUGUGACAAAUCAUUUUUACAGGGAAAAAUGCUUCUCUGUUGAUUCAUGAAGCUACACUGGAAGAUGGGUUAGAAGAGGAAGCUAUAGAGAAGACGCACAGGUAAACUAUAGAAGGGGGAGUGGUAUUGGCAUUUUCUUAGAGUGGCAUAAAUGAAAUGAAAAGGCAGUACUUCCUUGAAUCGAAGUAGUAAUGGGAAAUGUGUCGAGGCACCUUGUGUUCCUCUAGUAGUUGUGUAAGAUUGUUGCAGAUACCAAGUGGCUGUUUCUGCCUUCGGCACUUCUGUGGGUCAGGCUUUAUUUAGGUCUGGACCUAUCUUGUUUUUAUCUUAAAUGUUUUAAAAAGGGUGAAUGAUAGGGUUAUGUGCUUUGAAAUAAUAUAGCUUUCUACUGGGAAAGCAAAUAAUUGCAGUGAAAAGUUACAGCUUUCCCCAAUCUCCAGCAGAAUUAGCUUUGGCAUUUUGGUAGGAUGUCCACAGAUUGAAGCCAAACAAUAUGAAAUGACAGUCUGUUCCAGAGCAUAACUCAGGAGGGAAGCGAUGGACUACUAAGGCCCAAACUCAUUUCAUGUUGACAUGGGUGUUUCUGCUUUCUUGUUAUAUAUAAUAGCAACUGAAAUAAUUAAACUGCGUAGGAGGCUUUGGCUCAUAAAAUAUUGUUCCUGCAAUGUUAUAAUAUGUUUUCCACUCCUCCUAGUAUUUUCUUUUAUGCUGGUUAUUGGCUAUUAUGAUACCUGAGGGGAGCCUUUUGCAAUUCAUAUUGUACAGUCCUUUGUUUUACUGCUCUUCCUUUCUAUAGUACUACCUCCCAAGCAAUUGGAGUUGGGAUGAAGAUGAAUGCAGACUUCAUCAUGCUCAAUCACUUCAGCCAGCGCUAUGCCAAAAUCCCUCUCUUCAGUGAGGAUUUCAGUGAGAAAGUUGGAAUUGCAUUCGAUCACAUGCAGGUGAGUGAAGAACUUGAGCUUUGAGGUAUAAGAGAGCUCCACAUUUUCAUGUAAUAUGAGAGAAGUUUUUCUCUCCCUUGAAAAUGUUUACUAAAUCAGGCUUUUAGCAUCUGCAAAGAGUGCAGAUCAUACAGAACAAAAGCAAGUGGCAUCAGAGAAGCUUGUUUCACCUUCGUUUAUCAAACCCACAUUGGGCUGGCUCCUAGCAUUCCCCAGUCAUAUGUCAGCUUUUGUUGGGUGGUCUUUGCUGGGGAUCCCAACUUACUUACAUUAGAAAAGUAUGUUGGGGCUCCAGAGACUGCAGUAGUCCAGCACUUUGGCAGUGCUGGCUUGCAUUGAACCUUCCUUUCGUGUGCCCUACACAGGUCAAGGAGAGUUGAAGGUUGGGAAAAGGAACUCAUUUUUGUUCACAACCAAGAGAAUGCUAUGCACAUAUCUCCUCUAUUAUAGUAGUUUAUAGCAGGGACAGAAAAUCUGUAGCCCACCAGAUGUUUGUUGGACUCCCAGUUCCCAUCUGCCCCAGCCAGCAUGGCCAGUAAUCCAGGAUGAUGGGAGUUGUAGUCCAACAACAGCUGGAGGGCCACAGGUUAGCUAUUCCUGGUUUAUUAUUGGCUGCGGGUGAGUGGGAGAUACAGUGGUACCUCGGGUUACAUACACUUCAGGUUGCAUACUCUUCAGGUUACAGACUCCGCUAACCCAGAAAUAGUGCUUCAGGUUAAGAACUUUGCUUCAGGAUAAGAACAGAAAUCGUGCUCCGGCGGCGUGGCGGCAGCAGGAGGCCCCAUUAGCUAAAGUGGUGCUUCAGGUUAAGAACAGUUUCAGGUUAAGUACGGACCUCCGGAAUGAAUUAAGUACUUAACCAGAGGUACCACUGUACAGUACUGCAUAAUUCCUGCUGCUCUAAUAUUUGCCUUCAUCACCAGGUGCGUUUUGGCGAUUUUGCUGCUAUUCCAAAACUGAUCCUGCCCUUGAAAGCCUUGUUCGCAGAUGAGAUUGGGGAGAUGGAAGAGCGGAGGGAGAAGCGGGAGCUGCGUCUUCUCCAAGAGGCAAUUAAAGCUUCGGAGGCCCGGACUGUUGUUGAGAACAAGGCACCAGCCAAAAUGAAAUUGGAACACACUGAGGAUUCUCACGGAGUGCCAAACAAAAAGCUAAAAACUCUCAGCUGAGCACAGCAGCAGACAGCUGCCUUUGUGCCUUUCUGACAGGGAGAGCGACUUAUGCAUGACAUGUGGUAUGCACAGCAUGGAGGAUUGUGGAAGGCAGCUGCACACUUGAGCUUAGCCAAACUUGGUUGGCCUCUGGUAAAUUACCUGUGCUGCUUCUACAGGUGCAAUUCCUGCUGGACACAUGACUAGCACCAUUGGCAAAAUGUGCUUCCUGGCUACAGCGUGCCGAUCUAGUCUAAUGGCUUGUCUGAUUGUUUGCUAGAAAUAUUAUAUUUUUCCUUUUUUAUAAACUUUGAGGCAGAUAGCAGCAAAUGACGGGGUUCCUAACUUGUGGUCCAUGGAGCUUCAUUCAGAUAAUCUGUCGUGCGUCUCUAAAAAUGCAGUAAAAAACAUGCAUCGUCUAGCACAGUGCGUUACAAUUGCUACAACAGGCAGAAAAAUCACUAAGUAGUCCACCAAGACCCUCAGCAAUUUUCAAAUUGUCUGUGGAAGCAGGGGAGUUUGGCAACCACUGAUUUAGACAAAGGGAAAUCAGGAUAUUUUAACAAAUGGGGAUAGGACCUCUGGAAUAAGGGGUGAUUCUCUCUAUUUUGCGACUUCCUAAAUAUUUAUCAUUUUUAGUGGGGAAAUACCUCACUAUGGAAGAGGAUGUGAUGUGAUGUGUUGUAGCUAUGCAUGCUUGCAGCAGUAAUACAAGAUACCCAGGAUACAUCUUGCAGAACUCACCACCACUUUGGUAUUUGCAGCAUUGAUGCUGUAGGUCAUUCUUCCUUGUAUUUUUUUAAAUUAAGGGAACCAGUAAAUCAUAUUUACUAAUUACCUGUGUACGUGUGUGCAUGCGCAUGUUGUCCUGGAUGACAAGGUUUUGGAAGCAGAACUAUUGUAACUUACAAACUUGCCUUUUUGAUUCACUUUGGAGUAAACAUGUC